UAGAUUUCUUAAUUCUAAAAUAGAAAUUCAAAUAUUUCCGUUCCACCCUUCUUCUUCUUCAGGGGACGGGAUUUGUGUUCCUCGCAGGACCUGUCGCUUCGUGUUCCAAAUUCUCUCUGAUUCUCAUCUUCGUAAUCGAACUGUUUCUCAUCCUUUCACUUCGGGCAGUAAAAUGUCUAUCAUGUUAAAGAAGGCAGAGGAACAUUAUCUGCUGGUAGCGCAUAUAUAAUGGUGGAAUGGAAAGGAAAAGGAUAGAUGACUUAGAACCAGGUCCACUUCCUUCGCCCAAACAAGUAGACAGAUUUGGAUUCUUAAAGCAGGAACAUAAUAGUUCUCCAGAUGUUACAACCAAGAACCGGUCCACCAAUGUUAAUGAGAGGGAGGAAAGGAGAGUUAGAAAAUGGAGGAAGAUGAUUGGAGUUGGAGGGAGUGACUGGAAGCAUUACGUUAGGAGAAAACCUAACGUUGUUAAAAGGCGUAUAAGGAAAGGUAUUCCUGAUUGUUUAAGAGGUCUUGUUUGGCAGUUGAUUUCUGGAAGUCGAGACUUAUUGUUGAUGAAUCCUGGAGUUUAUGAGCAAUUGGUAAUAUAUGAGACAUCAGCCUCUGAAUUGGAUAUCAUUCGAGAUAUCUCCCGUACCUUUCCUUCCCAUGUCUUCUUCCAACAGAGACAUGGGCCCGGUCAAAGAUCUCUCUACAAUGUUUUAAAGGCGUAUUCAGUUUUUGAUCGGAAUGUUGGAUAUGUUCAGGGGAUGGGAUUUUUAGCUGGUUUGUUGCUUCUCUAUAUGAGUGAAGAGGAUGCGUUCUGGUUGUUGGUCGCAUUACUUAAAGGUGCAGUUCAUGCUCCUAUGGAAGGAUUAUAUCUGGCGGGGCUUCCUCUAGUGCAGCAGUACCUAUUUCAAUUUGAUAACCUUGUGAGAGAGCAGCUGCCUAAGCUUGGUGAGCAUUUUACUCGAGAGAUGAUAAAUCCUAGCAUGUACGCUAGCCAAUGGUUUAUUACCGUUUUCUCUUACUCCGUCCCCUUCCAUUUGGCUCUACGAAUUUGGGAUGUCUUUCUUUAUGAGGGUGUUAGGAUUGUUUUUAAAGCUGGUUUGGCUCUUCUAAAAUACUGCCACGAUGACUUGGUAAAGUUGCCUUUUGAAAACCUCAUACAUGCUUUGCGAAACUUCCCAGAGGAUGCAAUGGAUCCAGAUACUUUAUUGCCCAUGGCUUACUCAAUUAAAGUUUCCAAGCAGCUGGAGGAAUCAAGACUUCUGUAUGAGAAGCAGCUGCAUGGAAAGGACAUUUAGGACGCUGAUAUUAGUGGGAAUCAGGAACGGCUGAGUUGAAGGUUCUCUUUUUUCCCCUAUCUCAUUGAAGCUAAGUGGUGUAGCCAAUUGGAAACCAUAGAAAAGUUAUUCUUUUAUGAGUCUUCUGUCGCAUCUGAAUUGUCUAGAAUGUAAACUAAAUGAUGCAUACACUCAUCAUUCUAUCAUUUUAUUAUUUGGUUUGAGUUUUGUACAAAUGCUUUGUAAAUCCCUAGUCACUGUACCUUUUUUAU